GGCACCAUCAUCAGCGCGACGCGCCUCGACUGUUCCCUCGGCGCGCGCAGAACGCUCACCCGUCUACGCGUGCGACCUGCCCAACUUCCAACCACCACACUGGAAUAGCCACCUGCCCGUGCCAACGCGCCAACACACGACAUGGCUCGACGCAGCCGGCGCAGCGCUGCCGCGGUGGUCGAAGCGGUAGAAGAGGAGGAGCCCGAAGUCGAGCGCGAAGAGGCAGAAGAAGCACACGAUGGCGUGCGGCCGCUGAGGUUCAAGCAGCCGCUGGUCGGGCGGCCAGGCAAGCCAAUCAGCGUGGGCGACGUGCUCGCGCGUCUGGAGGCGCUGCUGAACGAGCUGCGCACAACCGACCAGGAGGAGGCGCACCGCCCAUCGCUGGAGCCCGUCGCGGCCGAAUUAGUCAGCCCGAGUCUGCUGCAGCACAAGGACGUGGGCGUGCGCGCCUGGACGUGCUGCUGUCUCGUCGAUAUGCUGCGGCUGUUCGCCCCCGAUGCGCCGUACCCGGCGAAGACGCUGAAGGAAAUCUUCGGCGUCAUCAUCUCGAAGCUGCUGCCCCUCCUCGCCGACCCUGCCCACCCCUACAACAGCCAGCACCUGUACGUCCUGCGGUCGCUCGCCGAGUGGAAGAGCAUCCUGCUCGUCAACGACCUCCCGGGCGCCGACGCGCUCACGACCGCUUUGUUCACUACGUGCUUCGACGUCCUCUCCGGCCCGUCGAACAAUGACGGGGCCGAGGAGCUGAGCAAGAACGUCGAGCACAACAUGACCGAACUUCUGUCUACCAUCAUCGACGAGGCUGGAGCUGUUCCACACCAUGUCGUGGACAUUAUUGUCGCGCAGUUCCUCUGGGCCGACCCCAUCACGUUGGGCAGCUCCAAGGCCAAGAAGAGCGCCAUAGUCGAUGCGAGACAGACAACGUUGCGCCGCAAGGAUGCGCCACCCGCCUACAACAUGGCCAAGAGCGUGUGCAACACCAACCAGGACAAGAUGGCGCGAUUGGUCGGCAACUACUUUAGCUCUGUCAUUGUCGACUUCACAAACUCUGGGCCGUCCUUCAAGCGGCGCGCAGGAAGCGAAGACGCUGACGAAGACGGGCCCAAGGGCCCGUCUGACGAGGACAUCCACGAGGCGAGGAAGGCACACAGGCUCUUGCGAGAGCUGUGGAAGUGCGCUCCAGGCGUGCUGCGGGACAUUGUCCAGCAUCUUGUAGACGAGCUGGGCACAGAGAAUGUGCAGCUUCGGCAGCUGGCCACGGAAACGCUGGGAGACAUGGUUUCUGGUAUUGGCGCGGCAGGGCCUCCGCCGCCGCCACAGCUGGACCCAGUUGCAUACCCAUCGCAGAGUCUCGCGCGCUCAGAGGCGGACCGACCCUUCGACUUCCUGACUACACCGACCUCCAUCAACUCCUUCCCUACACAACACCCUGUUGCCUACCACUCGUUCUUGCAGCGCAAGAACGACAAGUCACCCAUCAUUCGAGCUUCAUGGACAACUGCCAUCGGCCGCAUACUGACAACAUCAGCUGGCGGCAUCGGCCUGGACCCUGAAGAAGAGCAGAGUCUGCUCAAGUCGUUUGCCGAGUGCCUGAUCGAUAGCGACGAGAGGGUGCGGUUGGCUGCGGUCAAAGCUGUCGAGCUGUUCGGUUUCGACGACAUUGUCCGCAAGCUCGGGAGCAAUGGCGGCAUGUCAGAGCCUGGCUCGAUCCUGUCCAACCUUGCAGAUCGAGUCAAGGACAAGAAGAGCAUCGUCUAUUCAGCAACAACAGGCCUUCUUGGACGCAUCUGGGGCGUGGCUUCUGGUGCGAUUGCCGAAGGAGAUGAAUCUGUCAACAACUUGCUCGGCUCAAUCCCUUCGAGGAUCCUAGAGGCGUGUUACGUUAACGACGUGGACAUCAAUGUCCAGAUUGACCUAGCAUUGUACGAGUCUCUUCUACCACUCGGAUACCCGCCCAUGAAGCCACGAGCGGCGACGAAUGGUGCCUCGCAAGUCGUAAAGGACAGUCAAACGAACGGUGGUCAAGGCUACACCGAGGCCGAGCUCGACAAGCUCCGUACGGAACGGCUGCUCGUCUUGGUUCACGGGCUUAGCCCAAGGGCCAAGGUUGUCUUUCUCGCAAAGCAAAAAAGCCAAGUCGGCAACGUCCAAUACAUGGAGCGUUUCCUCCAGCUUUGCGAGCAGUACAAUGGCGGUGUCGCUGGCAAAGAGGGCAAGGAAGCCAAGACCACACUGGGGGGCUUCAUUGCCUUCUACGCCAAGCAAUUCCCAGAUUCGACAAAGACCACUGAAGAGCUGUGGAAGUUUGCCAAGACGCAUGACCGUCGUGCGUAUGCUUUGAUACGCUUCAGUAUCGACCCCGCGAGCGACUACCGCAGGGUCUUCAAAUCCAUCAAAGAGCUACGCAAGCGCAUCGAAGACGGGCCAGGAGCCGCGCUACUAGACGUCUUGAACCCUCUGUUGUACCGAUGCGCCUUCUUGUCCUACAACAAGAGCCAUGUUUCCGCCAUCAUCGAAUACACGCGCACAGAUGACAAAGGUCUCGGCGCCGUAGCGCACGAGCUGCUGAAGUCGAUCUCCCUCACACAUCCGAAGGUAUUCUCCACUCACGUCAAGGAUCUCUGUAAGACUCUUGAAAACGAGGCACCCACGGCGAAGUCGCCCAACCCCCCGGGUGCAGUCGACGAUCUGAAGGCAUGCGCGGCUUUUGCGAAGAAGUUCCCGGGUGACAUUCCGAUGAAUGCGAAAGACGGACGCAAGCUGGUACAGAGUUUCCUCAACUUUGCGCAAUACGGUGCGCCGGCGCAAGCAGCGAAGCACGCCGUUACAAUCAUCAUGCACAGUGACAACAAGAAAGAACUGCACGCCAAGGAGGUCCUAGACAAGAGCAUCAAGGGCUUCAGGUACAACGGCGAUCACUGGUUGACUAAACUUGCUGCACUCAGCCAGCUAGUGCUACUUGCUCAGGCCGAGUGCGAGGACAGCAUGGACGCUAUCAUCGAGAUCGCAAUCGGCAAAGUCCUUCACGAACCGCACUUGGCUACUGAGGAAGCCGAUGUCGAAUGGAUAGAGACCCCAGACGAUGAUAUUCUGGGCAGGACGUGGGCGUUGAAGAUACUCAUCAACCGACUGCGCUCUCUCCCAUCCGAAGCCAAUCUUGAUGAGGCUGCGACGAGCACCUACGCCUUGCUCAACCGCCUUGUCAAGGACAAUGGUGAAGCAUCGGAGUCGAAUGAUACUCCCGCAGGACACAAGUCGCGCCAAAGGCUUCUGGCUGCGAACGCAUUGCUCAAGCUGUCGACCAACAAGCGCCUGGACGCCUUGUUGAAGCCCGCAGACUUCGUACAGCUAGCUCUUGUCACUCACGACCCAUGUCCUCAGGUGCGCCGACUCUUUGCUGAGAAGCUGAUGAAGUACCUCGGGCAGAAUCGCCUUCCACCUCGGUUCUACACUAUUCUUUUCUUCUUCGCUCACGAGCCUGAGCGGAGUGUGAAGGACAGCACGCUGACUUGGAUCCGCUCUCGGCGUGCCGCUUUCGCAACACGAAAAGAGACAGUGCUUGAAACCGUUUUCUCUCGCCUUCUCAGCCUGCUCGCCCAUCACCCUGACUUUGACACGGAGCCGGAGACGCUCAAGCUCAUGUCAGAGUAUAUUCUAUACUACCUCAAGUGCGUUGCCACAGAAGAUAACCUGUCCCUCAUCUUCCACGUCGCGCAACGCGUCAAGGGCGUGGCCGACAACAUAGCCCCGUCGAAGCAAGCAGAUGAGAAUCUGUACGUUCUGUCGGAUCUUUCGCAAGCCCUCAUUCGCUCCUGGGAAGAGCAGAACAACUGGACCAUGCAAUCUUGGCCCGGCAAAAUGCGACUGCCUUCUGGCAUCUUCCGCGCGCUCGAGUCGCACGAACGUGCCCAAGAUAUCGCCAAGAGGACUUGGAUCGACGAAGACCUGGUCGAGGAACUGGACCCAUUGGUGCGCAAAGCAAUUCGUAACAAGAAGCGAAAAGCCACCGAUGGUACCGAGGGCGCUCGUAAGAAGAAGCCGAAGGGUGACAGGCCGAAAAGGGAGAAGAAGGAAAGGCCGAUCAAGACACCAAGGAAGAAGCGAGCUGCCAGUGACGACGAUGAGAGCGAAGAUGGGCACAUUGCGACUGAGAGCGAGCCGAAGAGGAAGAGUGGGCGGAAGAGUAAUGUCAGCAAGAGCUACAUCGAGGUCAGCAGCGACGACGAGGCAGCUGACGCUGGCGCGGAUGCUGUUGAUCAGGACGAGGAAGAGGAAGAAGAAGAGGCAGACGAAUCAACGCCUGCGGCUGAAGAAGACGUCGAGAUGGCUGAAGCAGAAGAGGUCGAGGCUGAAGCCGAAGAGUCAGAGGAGCCCGAAGACGAGCCUGAACAAGAACCCGAAGCACCGCCAGAGCCCUCGCCACCCAAGAGAGGCUCGCGAGGCCGCGCAGCCAAGCCGACACCAGUACCAUCGCACUCUUCCCCCGCGGCGCCGAAGCGCAAGACCGCCACACCAGCAAAGCCUACGCCAGCAAAACCCACACCAGCAAAACCCACCGAGGCAGCUGCACCCGCCGCAAAAGGCAAAGCCAAAGCCAAAGCCGCCGCGGAGCCGAAUACCACCACUCCCGCAGCCAACGGCACGAGCACGAGCACCAGAAGGAGCGCGAGGACUCGGAGCUGACCGACUACACCCAAGGCGUGUGAUGCGGCUCGCCGUGCUGUUUGAACUUUGUGUGCAGGUGCAAGGGUGACAUGUAUGAAUAUGUAUAUGGGAUGUUGGUGGAGCGCGAUUAUCUAUGUAAAUCCUUUCGUCGUUCAGCAAGCUUAAGUGGUGCGGGGCGGUGCAGAGUAGAUGGAGUGUGGAGCGUGCAGUGUAGUGUAGCGUAGGGUACAUAUUAGGCCGAUAAGCUACCAAGUCCGUCU